AUGUCCUCCAUCGCCGCCCGCUCAGCCUUCCGCGCUGCCCCGCGCCUCCGCGCUGCCGCUCCUGCCCGCCGCUGGGCCAGCAGCGCCCCGGCCUCUGACUCUGGACACGCCGAGAGGCAGGCCGGCAAGGACGCUCUCAAGACCGGAGCGAAGCGCGACCCCGAGCUCUAUGUGCUCCUGGCCAUCAUGAGCGGUGUCUUCGGACUCGCAGGCUGGCACUUCUCCCGCUCGCCCACCAGCGCUUCGUCUGAGCGAACCGUUUCCAAGGCCGAACACAGCGAGCCCUGGAAGUCGGGCGGUUCCAGCCCAUACCAGUACCACCCCGGUGGUGAUACCAGCGUCAAGAAGGACGCUCCUUCGGCCCUGAACGUGGUCGUCAUCCCCAACGUGACACUCCCCAAGGAGCUCCACGACGCAUACAACAAGUGGGGCAAGGACGGCUACUAAGCAGCUAUCUGUCAGCCGAUGCCCAAAUCCCCUACAAUUGCCUGAGAAGAGCAGACACCAAUGCCUGGACACCUUUUCAUCUAGACGUCGACUGUACAUAAAUCAUGUAGCGGAAAUCGAAGAAGACUUACAAAAACAUGCAUCCUCGGUUGUGAUCCUAGCUUGGACCUGUAAAGCUCAGAAAUCAUGCAGAGACUCCUGUGCCAUCCGUUCGGCGCUGAUAGAUAUCAGGUUUAAUGAUGAUAACGAUAGGCCAUCAAAUUGUAGCAUAGAAUGUGACGUGAGGGCCUUUUGGGCCUGAGCCCUCACCAUCCCUUGUACUCUCAUUAAACUCAACCUCUUGUAACUAAAUCUUUGCAUUACCAGAGGAGCUACUGCCCUC